AUGUCUGUCAAUUCGUUUGGUCUUCUACCGACACAUGGCCGAGCACCGGGCAGUUGCGAUCAGGCCGCAUACGAGCCCGCGCUGAGGACUGAUCACGAUGCCGAAACGAUCCAAGCGUUCCAAGCCCAGCAAGAGCAAGAGUGGAUCAAGAUCGAUUACGCCCGACUCUACUCGCAGCUCAAGCUGGUACGCUCCGUCAAGGCGAUUCGUUACGUCGCGAUUAUGGUCGUCAUCCUACUCGGUGCUGGGGUCGUGGUCGCCGCGACCCUCGCCGCACAGUUUUAUCUCGGAAUCGUCGGACGAGUCCCCACGUUUUCAGCCAGGUUGGCAUCCCGUACGACUCCGACCGACCAGCGAGUCGUCACCAUGUUCGGACCCAAGUCGAGCGGAGGACUCGACCACUUUGACUUGGGCGUCAUGAUUUGGCAUCGCAAAGGGGUCAAACCACUCAAGGACCCAAAUUACCAGGAUGCGGGCGAAGCUCCUGGUUUGUCAAUUUGGAUGUUCGAAGACAAGGGGCGGGUUUAUGGCGAAUUGGGAUAUGCCCUCAAAGCAAACUCAAACGGCUCCGUCAACGCGUGGGAGCCCGUCUUUCAGGGCCGUGUCCUCAAGCACGCCAGCAUCUCCACGCCCCACUCGACCGUAGUCCCGAUCACCAUUCCUGGCCCUUUCAUGUACGUCCGAGUAUCUACAUCCCCAUCUUGACUUUUGACCCGAGAAUUUGCCAUCCACUGCAGCACCGAUCUCGCCCAGAAUCCUUGGUCGGAACUCGUCGCCACUUUCACGAUGCUCCCCACCUCGAAUGACGAGAAAUCUGUCAUGAGCACGCAAGAUGCGGUGUUCAAGUCAUCCCGUCCUCUGGACAGCUACGGAUCCAAUCACUCGUGGCCUCUGGCCUGGAUCGAUCCAUUCGAUUCGGUCGGCGAGUCCACGCCGCUCGACUCCUUCCUGGCACACACGGGUGCGGGCUACAGUCUCAAGCGAUACGAGAUGAAUUUCACCGACAUUGAUUCGACAAAGGGUCCCAUCUUCGAUCUUCAUUUGAUCACCAGCACCACCCUGACUGCCGCUAAGGACUACCCCACUUACGAGCUUGGAGACUUCGAGAAAGUGAUGCGGCGGCUCGAAGAGUCUAAAGUGAGUGGUCCCCGUGGUCCAGUCGCAAGCUCGAGCAGGAACGCGUAAACCAACGCAUGAUCGUGUCCUUACAGAUCCAGUGCCGUCGUUUGGGAUGGUGGAAUCCAGAGUGCACACGGUCCUUUCGACGCGAUGGGCACUUUGAGAACGUGAUCAAGCUCGACUCGUCGAAAGACACGCCUUGGCGGUACGGCCCGUUCAUGACCACCGGCUUAAGUGCCAUCUCGAAGACCCACCAGGUGGCACUGCCUCGUAUAGAGCUCAAUUCGACAACUAUAGCGGAAGGUGAGCUUCUUCGGUUCAAAGUCUCUGCAUCGGGGCAUCGCUGAACACGUCCACCAUCCGUCCCAGACUUCAGAUUCGACUGGCGGCUAGGAUGGUCGCCACUGUCACCUGCAAAAAUGGCGAUUGCUGCGCGCCUACUGCCCGAGUGGAGUACGCACUCCGUUGACCCCUUCGGAUACAAGCCACACGAGCGAGAUUAUCUAGAAGUUUUCCGUGGGUCUCGCUUCCUCCUUCGGUCGCAAUAGCAUGUUCCUCGGCGGACUAACCCCGAACGAGUGUGCAAUCCCGCAGACAGCUUCGUGGGACAGAACUUCAAUCCCCGCGCGCACCCGAUCACCCGUACGGCCGUGGGCUUCCUAGCAAUCAUCUUGCAUUAUCUGAGUGUACCGUAAGUGUCUACGAAUGCGUGGUAGUCGUGCAAUCGCGCUUAUCUUCGUUUUCGAAUCGUGAUGCUCAGAUUACUCCUGCACUACUGGUUCGUACGAUCUCAUGCGGGCGGCACCUCGACAGCAAUGUUCAUCCUCUCCUACGGAAAUAUGGGAUGGAUGAUGAUUCAGUCUCUCUACGAAUGGUGGGAGGUGGUGAUGGUCUGGUUCAUCCUCAAGAUCGUGGUCCACGCGCUGUUGCUGCUAAGGCAGCUUACCUUGAUCGCGCGUCUCGAGGUUCGCUUCGAGAACUUUGUGCCAGCUGCCAUCAGGUUUCGACCCUCAUCCAAACUCGAGCAGGAGACGAGAGAGGUUGAUGGGCAGAUUUCUUGGGUUUGUCAGGUCGCGGUAAGCCGAUCAUAACUUCGUACGUGAACUCGGCGGGCAAAGUUUGAUCACGAAGUCUGAAAUCUCGCAGUUCGUCGCCACAUGUUUCAUUUGCAUACACUUCGGGGGAAGCGCCGUUCCACGAAUUGUCCAUUCCCCGAUGUACCAAGGCUCGACGGACGAUGUGCCGUUAUGGUUCGGACGCAGCAAAGGGAUCACUCGAGCCUUCUUGAUCGGCGGAUCGUUGGAGUCCAGCCUCUGGCUACUCGCCGCGCUGAGUCAAGUGAGUUCGGAGUGUGAUGGCUUCUCCCGCAAUUGAUUAAUCACGUCUUCACGACCAGAUUCGCCUCAACUACAAGCUCCGAUCCUACGGCGCCGAAUAUCGCACGACGGCCUAUCUUUCUGCAGCUGCGUUGGUCUUGUCGCGCAUCUCGUCCCUCUUCAUUGGAUGGUUCGGUCCUGCAGCCGCGACGUCACAUUUCACGCUGUGGGACUUGAUCUCUAUGACGGUCGUUCUCAGUCUGGCGGUGCAAGCUUCGUCGUACCCCGGUAUUCCGGGUAAACUGAUGGAUUGA